AUGGCAUCAGAAAUGCGACCUGGUCCAUCGUCUAGCAGUUCAAGAGCUCCCCGAGGCUCUGCUUGCCUUAGUUGCCGUCGAAGGAAACUGAGAUGCGAUGGUCUGAGGCCUAAAUGUACACCAUGUAUUAGAGGAAACAGGGAGGAGGACUGCGAAUACACUGACGGCUCAGCACGGAGCGCCAUACAGCUGCUAGAAGAUGAGAUCGCUCGUUUGGAGGCUCGUAUAUACGAAUUAGAGCAUCCAGAUUCGGUCACGGCCCCGAUUAUUUUGCAUGAUCCUAGGGCUGUCGUUGAAUCGCAGCCUCAGUCUUCAGCAGCAAACUCGGAACAAUUUGGCGGACUUGUCUCUCAUUCAUCCACUGUACAAACCGUGGUAGCCGAGCCGACAUUACAGAUGAUACAGGCGUUAGUGGGUAAUUUCAAACCAUAUGCUUCCCAGAUCGGGUUUUUCCUCCACGAACUGCGCUUCCUAGAGGCGCUCUAUGAAGCAGACCCGGGAACGAAGACAGCCAUACUCCCGCCAGCUUUGCUAAAUGUGAUCUACCUUUGGGGUGUCCGGUUGUCCACUAAUAACUCACUCGCUGGGUAUGAAUCAGUAUUCCUAUCACGCGCAUCUCAAGGGACCUCUGCCGCUCUGGCAUCCGUGCCAACUUAUAGACUUAUGCAUGUCAUCCAAGCUGAAGUCCUCCUUGCCACUUACUUCUUCGCUACCGGUCGCUUGUUGGAGGGUCGCUAUCACUGUAGUGCGGCGGUGGCGCUCGCACUUAGUGGCCGGCUGAACCAGAUUCGGGGUGUUGUGGAUCACAUGUCACAUGUCCAUACUGCCCAUGGAAUAGACAUUCAAUUACCGCCACCCACCGAUGCUGUAGAAGAGGGAGAAAGGGUAAAUGCUUUUUGGACAGUUUAUCUGCUCGACAAGAGCUGGACUGUCCCCCUUGGAUCGCCCUCUCAUAUAAACGGCGGUGCUGACCUCAAUAUUCCCUGGCCUUUGGAGAUGGAAAAUUACGAAGAGGGAGGAUUUGCACCUAAUAUAUUAGGUGUGCGUACCAUAGAGUCCUUCCUCAAUAAUACCCCUUCGAGCAGCGGUAGCGGUACAUCUUCUCUCGCUCUCCAUGCCAAAGCAGCUGCACUAUACGAGCGCGCCACCCGACUUUCCUCUCACUGGUCUCCUACUAUGGCUAACGCCGAAGAAUUCUUCGCUAAUGUCGCCCUUCUAGAUUCGGUGAUAGAUCAUUUUACUGCAUCACUACGGCCCAUCGAGGCAGCAACCAGUCCUCACGUCGCCCGAGAUCUCUUGGUCACACAUUCAUUGGCCAGGGCAGCAACAAUCCAGCUAUACGCACGUUUAUCCGAAGCAGCUACGGGACCGCGAGGAACCAAGAAACUGAUCGCUGCAAAAGCAUCCGCGGCACUACUGAAUAACAUCAAUCUCAACCACUCCGUGUACAUCAACCCGAUUCUUGCGAUGAUCUGGACGACAGUCUGCCGAGUGUUGAUCGAAGAGCUCUCGCGGCUCCGCCCAGGUUGGACGUCCUCCUUACUCCUGGUUGGGAAUGAGAGCGCCAGUGCUGACCCGCUGCAAAAUAUGCUCGCAGCGCAGGCCCAACUCAAUGAUGCGCUGGAAAAUAUUUUCCGGGCUAUGUCGGUCUUCAGCCGCACGUCCCCUGUCAUGGCUUCUCAGCUUACCAAGAUCCGCCAAAAGCUCGAGGAGGCUACGAGAUGA